GGGGCUUCUGACAUAUUAACCUCUCCAGGGCAUGUCUAACCCUUCUCCAUUUCCAGGGGAAACUACACCGUCUGCAAAUAAACUCUGUUACCCAAUCAUCCCUGAAACUAAAGCUAAACUCGAGGUUACAAACUAAACAUUGUGGUUUACAAAUGCUGCUGGCUCUUACUGCUCUAUUUGGACAAAAGCAUUACUAAAAUACUGAAUGCUUUAUUCUGAAUACUAUCUGAUAUUAUUGAGUUUCAAAAUAGAAAUAGAAAUCUACCCUUGGGGUUUACUGUAGGGAUGCUUCUCCUUUCUUAAACUAUGCAUCCUCAUUUCCUCGCUCCUCUGUCCUCAAACCCAGAACCGAUCAAAGUCCGCCAUCAUUAAGGACGUAUUAAUAGAGCUGUUCAGCCAUGACGUCAAUUUGUAGGCGAACAUGGAAGUCUAAUUCGCCAUGAGUUCCCUCUGGAUUUUCUUAUGGGUUUUUAUAAUGGGGUUUUUCAACUUAUGAGUAAAAUAAGGUCUGUGGUAAACAUUACUUGAUGAUAUGUGGAUGUUUUGUUCUACAACAUAAAUUACACACUUUCAUACCUCAAACAUGAAUUUUGAAGCCGCUGUGUGUGUUUGUUUUUUUAAAAGUAUGCAAUUCAAUACAGCUUUCAAUUAAAAAUUCACAUUAGGAGGAGUUUGGAAGCAAGGAAAGGAAGCAAGGAGAGGAAACAAGGAUGCAAAAUUUCAGAAAUGAGAAGCACCCUAGGUGUUUUCUGGAACUAACUGCAUUUAACUUCCAUUUAAUUUCCAUUUCUCCCCUGUGCAGUAUGCCAGAGAAAGUGUGCAAGUUUCAAGGUCAGUGUUAUCAUAAACUGAAGAGAGCAUGUUUAAGACGAGGAGCUCUGUUCCAAGAUCCAUACUUUCCUCCCUCAGCUGAGUCAUUGUUCUAUAAAAGAGCGCCCCCUCCUGGACUGAAAUGGAAGAGACCCAAGGAAUUGUGUAAAGACCCACGACUUUUUGUGGAUGGAAUUAGCACAAGGGAUCUUCACCAGGGCAGCCUGGGUAACUGCUGGAUGGUGGCAGCCACAUCCUGCCUGGCUACAGAACCCUCACUUUGGAAAAAGGUGAUUCCGGACCAUGCUGAACAAGAGUGGAACCCGAAGCGCCCGGACCUGUAUGCUGGAAUUUUUCUCUUUCGUUUCUGGCGAUUGGGCCAGUGGACAGAUGUUGUGGUAGAUGACCGUUUACCGGUCAGCGAGGAUGGAACACUGCUCUUCUGUCGUUCUGCAACACCUCGGGAAUUCUGGAGCGCUUUGCUGGAGAAAGCCUAUGCUAAGCUCAAUGGGUGUUAUGAGGCUCUAGAAGGAGGCAAUACAGCUGAAGCUCUGGUUGAUUUUACUGGUGGUGUCUCCGAACCACUGAGUCUGGACAAGGAGGAGCUGAUCCAGCAUGUUGACCAGAGGAGGAUGCUGUUCCAGACUUUAGCCCACGCUCACAGCCAUAGAGCACUCAUCACCUGCUCCAUUCGGCCAGCAGAGGGAGAGCAAGUGGAAUCAGUUCUGGACUGUGGAUUGAUAAAGGGUCAUGCAUAUGGUGUCACAGCAGUCAGGAAACUCCGUAUGUCCGAGACCCUGCCAAACAUGUAUAGCACGUCUCGUAUGUACAUGGUGCGAAUGAGAAACCCCUGGGGCACAACAGACUGGACAGGAGCAUGGAGUCUGGGGUCUCCUCAGUGGCAGCAGCUGGGGCGCAGGGAGAGGGAGAAGAUGGGUCUUAUUGUCAGAGAUGUGGGAGAGUUUUGGAUGGAUUUUGAGGACUUUUGCCGUUACUUCACAGACAUGGUGGUGUGCAGGUUGGCAGAAAACUCUUUCCUCUGCCCCCACUGGAGAGAGGUGCGCUGCCCGGGGGCAUGGACUUAUGCAUCUGGGAUCUCACCCAUGCCCUCCUCUUCUGGUUGUCAGAACUUCAAGAACCAAAAGUGUUCAACAGGGCCCCAAUGGUCCACACCAAUGUCAGCUCAGAGAGGAGACAAAAAAAAGCAAAGAUUGAGUGAAAGACAGAAGGAUGGACGAAGCCAAGGAGGUAAACAAAAAGGAAAAGAAAAUAAAGAAGUGAAGGCAAAGCCAAAAAAGGGAGUACAAGGACCAAUAAAAGAGCAGUUUGUGAGAAAGCACAAUGGAAUAGGGGAGAGGAGAUGGGAGAAACAAAUGGACAAAAGAAGUCGAUGCGGAGGAUGUAUCAAUCACAGAGACACGUUUCUACACAACCCCCAGUUCAUUUUUGAAGUUGUUGGAGAUGGGGAUGAGGUGUUGAUAUGUCUGCAGCAGGAGGACAAAAGGAUGAAAAGGCGGGAGGGUAGAGGGGAUAACCUACCAAUUGGCUUUGAGGUUCUAAGGGUGGAGGUGAAUCGUGUGUGUCGGGUGCAGUGUUUAUGUGAGCAGGCUGCUAGCUCAGUGUAUAUGGACUCCCGUAGCGUCACCCUGCGGGUGACCCUUGGUCCUGGUCGAUACGUCAUCCUCCCCACCACUUUCCAGCCUGGUGCCACUGGACAGUUCCUUCUGCGAUUUUUCUCACACUCACAUGUGUGCCUCAGAGAGUUGAAGGAAGAGCUACCUGCUUUUUCUGUGUGGCAGUGUUGUGUUGCUGAGCCCAGUGCGGUAACUACAGUCCAUCUGCUCAGGGCCUCUGGCCUCAGUCUGCCCAAACAGUCAGCUCCUGAUGUUUAUGCUGUCAUUCGGUGUGAGGAGGACUCUGUCAGGACUCGAGUUUUCCAAAAAGACGGAAAUCCGGAAUUUAAUAUCAAGGCCAUAUUUUACAGCAGGAACCAAAAAUCAAAAAUAUCUAUUGAGCUGUGGAGAAGAGGCUUGCUGUUGGAUUCCUUCCUGGGAAGAGCACAUUUUCAGACAGGAGGUAAUGAACGGGAAAGGAACAGAGUGAUUGAUUUGCAGGGUGGCCAAUCACACGGAUGUGUUUUUGUAGAAACCUCCUCAAGUCAGUGCCUGACUGACCUGUGACUGACUGGUGUGUUCAAAGUAAUGAUCGAUGAUGACAAUGCUGGACUAAACAAGAAAACAAAUUAUCUGCCAUUCCUUGAAGAGAGUUUCACAGGUAGAAUUUCACCAAAGAACAUAGCCAUUAACUUAUUACAGGGAAAAUCCCCCUGGGGCAACCUUGGGUCAUGUGUCUUGCUCAAGGGUACAGUGGUAAUGGCUCAUCAUUGCACAUUUUAUGUGGUGGAAUUCAAGUGGGUAUUAAACCAGCAACCUUUUGGUUACCAGCCAAGAGCCUUUAGCACUACACUACACCACCCAAAAAUAUCAUAGACAAGGUGUCAAAAAACUAGUCAUAUGGCAUAAUACUCCUUUAGAUUUGUCAUUUACUUGAUUUAAAAUUUUUUUUUUAAAAAAGCAGUCAGAGUAUAAUCAUUCUCAUAAUGUUCUAUAAUUAUAUUUCCUGAAAGAAUUUGCAAGAAUUUCUUGAAUUAUUUUACCAGUGAUAAUGUUAUUGAUGUAGAAGUGAUUUUCUAUACAAUCUAUGACAAAAUAUUUUGUUCAAUCCAUGAUUACUAAAUAUAAAAUUCCAACACUAAUUCAUUAUAUGUUAUUCAGUUUGAUGAUUUGACUGUUAAAUUAUGGUUUAGACACAUCUCUCAGUGAUUUAUUAAGGGUGCUAUCUACAAACCUUAUGGAAGAGGAAGCCUUUACAAUCUCUAGAAAUGUGAAUCUGAGUUUUGUACUGAUCAGAACAGUAAUACAGUAAUUGUCUAUGGUGUUUUUGAACACAGACCUUCAAAAACAACAAUGAAAAACAAAGUAAAUGUUUUAUUCUUGUGCUAUAUUUAAAGGGGUCAUGUCAUUAUUUUUUUUUUCCUCACAAUGUUAGAAAUGUUGGUCCUCCUCGAUCGUUUCGCAGCUUAAAUAAGGGACAGUCGGCAACCUUAUUAGCAUAUACUUAACCAUUGUCUUUCACUGCAUUCCAUGCUACGUAUUCUUUUUACAUAAAAUAAUUUAAUCUCAGAUCAGUAUUUUGUGAGCAAUUUUUUUUUUGGGUAAGUAAACGUGAAAUAAGCACGAUUCUCUCCAUGUUGGAGUGCUCAACAUACAUUUACAUAACAAACAAACUCAGACAAAUGAAACAUUAGAAUUGAACAUGUUACUCAUCAGCGUUACUGUUAUGUACCAUACAGCUGCCACUGCUCCAUCUUUCAAUACAAGUUUCAUUGAAAAGCCAUAUUGGUUCUCAAAAGGAUCUAUAGAGAGUGUGCCAAAAAACCAGGAAGCUACACUGAGCUAGCAGCCUGCUCACAUAAACACUGCACCCGACACACACAAGAAAAGAACAUUUGAACAAGUGUAAAUUCAGGGAAGUCCAGAGAUAAGACUGACAUUUUUUUUCCACAACCAGGAACACGACAACAUCUGGGGACCAUAUUUAACAUUUUAAUCUUUUAGUUGAUUAAAGGGGUCAUGACACACUUAUAUAUAUAUAUAUAUAUAUUAGUUUUCUUUUCUUCCCUGUGGUCUUCUGAUAAUGUUAGUAAAGUUUUUUUGUACCAAAACAGUCAUAAUUUAUGAAUGUAUGAUCUUUUUGCACCCUGUCUCUGGCCCUCUGUCUGAAAUGCUUUGUUUUAAGUAGGCACUUAGGCCAAAACACAAUGUGAAAAUGGCCACUGUUAUGAUUGACUAACAUCAUGCAGCCCCUCGAAUACAGCCAUGUUUGAAACUCAAUCAGAAGAGAAUGAACAAGCUCCACAACAUUAUAAAACUACAAUUCAGGGUUUACACAUAAUGGAGAUCCAACAUAUUGCAUCCAAAUAUAUUAUUGCAAGAACAACAGCACCACAUACUAUCAAACAGACAUGCCAUUUGAAAUAUUUAAUUAAACUGUUUACUUAUGGUUUUGCAAUCAGGUCCAGGUGUUUUUAACUGCCCCAUCCUUCAGUAACGGUUCCUUUGUAAAGCUUGAAUCGCAUUGAGUCUUUCACAAGCAAUCCACGCUGAAAUACGAUGAAGACUCAUCCACAUGACACACAUAUAUUGUCCAAAGCACGGUUUGAACUAGACCCACACACAUCCAGUAUUAUCCUGCACUGAAAUGCACAUCACCAGAAAUGCAUCAAAACGGUCAAAGACGUCCAUCUAGUGCAUAUGUACAUAGAUCAACAAUAAAAAAAGUAGUGCAGAUGUGCUCGAGGACGCGUUUGUGCUCAAAACAGCAAGUAGCAGCAGCUGAAUGAGAAAGAAUUGUUUCCUUUUCAGAGUUUUAACUUGACACUGCAGAUUUUAUAAGCGGCCCGAGAUACAUGACAAUGGUCAAAGAUGUCUGUGUAGUGCAUGUUUAAAUACAAAAAUUAUUCAAAAUAGUACAGCUGGGUCCCCUUUGGUGUUCAGGAAUAGUUAAGCCACAUGAGGCCCGUUUGUCCUGCUCUCUCAGAGUAUGAACGGAAAGCCAGUUGGCGGGGCCAAGGGUGUGAUGUAAAGUGAGCGUUGAUGUUUUUUUUGCUGUAGAGAGCGUCAUGAAUUACUGGGCCCCCUACUGAUGUAGGGUAGUCGCUGAAGCUAAGAACGAGGCAUUUUUGCAGCUUGGUUUCAAUGAAUGCUUUUAUUGCACUGGGGAUUAAGUUUUGAGAUCUGAAAUGUACAGUAUGUUUUUAUAGUAGAAUGACCUCUUAUGUCAAAAUAUAAUGGUAAAUUUGAUUCCUCAUGACAUGAGCCCUUUAAAUGUUAUGUUCAUUAUGAAAUCACAAUGUGGCCGAUUUCAAAAUGAGUUGUUUUUGCAGGUUGGAAAUAAAUGCUCUUUUUGGACUGGAGAUUAACUUUUGAGUUCUGAAACUUACAAUAUGUUUUUAAUGACAAAAUAACAAGAAAAAAUGCAUUUCUCAUGACAUGACCCUUUUAGGUUUAAGUGAUGUAAAUGUCAUCACUCUAUAAAAAUAAAAAUAAAAGUUAUCAAAAAGGAUUUAAUCCAGCCACACACCCUGAUACAUAAUAUUCUGUAGCAAAUUACUUUAGAACUUUAUUCACCAAGUCUAAGGUGUACAGGGGAUUUUUCUUUGUGCAUAUGAAAACACAAUGUUUAUCAUUAACUUUGUACAUCUCCCUGGGAGCCGACAUGUUUCGGUGACGCACCCGCAUCUUUGCGAAAUUGGAGUUGAGGAUUUUUGCACAAGUUUCCAUGUUGGAAGAAAACAAAAGACACUUGUCCAGAUAGCACAUACUUGAAAACACUCAUGACUGAUAAAUUGUUCGCAUGAUUGGAGAACUGAUCUUCUAGAGCGAUGUUUCUGAAUCCUUUCCUGGAGUACUACUAGCACUACACAUUUUCCAUGUCUCCUUUAUCUAACACAGCUGAUUCUACUGAUUAGCUAAUUAUUAGAGUGCUUCAUGAUCUGAAAUGAGUGUGUCAAAUAAGGGAGACAUCCAAAAUGUGUACGGUUAGUGGUACUCCAGGAAAGGAUUGAGAAACACUGUUCUAGAGAGUACCCCCACCACUUUUAAACACAGAUCCUCCUGAAUUACAAUGAACACAACAAUGCCAGUUCUAUGACUCUUUAUUCUGGACAAUAACCAAUUUUCUAGACUCCAAAUUAGUCAUGAGACAUCCUCUCUGAUCAGUAUUCUGCAAACAGCAACUAAAAAAAAAACACUUCAAAAAUUUGACAUUUCCUGUACCACAUGACUAUCGUCAUUGUUCAAGACACAGAGAUUGAACAGGCUGGAUCUGAACUGUUGAACUUUUCUUUAGGAAGACAAAUUAAUGCUCAUAACUUCAAAUGUACAAAUGAACUUUUCAGUACAAAUGUAUCUCAGGACAUCUCAUCUGAAUCCAGGAACAUUUCACACAAAGUCACAGUACUUCGCUGAGUUAACCCUCAAAAUGUACACAAUACCUAGAUUUGCUAGGUAAUUCUGAAAAUGACUUUGACCUCGGAUCACCUUUAUAACUGAAAAAUUAAUGAUUAUAGCUUGCUGUACUUUUUAAAAUGUGUAGUGAUUUGUAAUCACUUAUAACUGACAAAUCGAUGAUUAUAAUCUUUAUUCUUGUGUUAUUCAUGUCAUUUUUACUAAGAAUGGUAACUAUUCAGGAUAAAACACCAUGUUUACCAUCGUUGAAAUUCUUUCUGCUUUUCAGGAAUGUUUAUGUUAAUUAAUUUGAUAUAUUCUGUAGCUUCCAAGAUAUAAAAUGUAUGGUUAAAACAUACCAUUUUGAGCAGGAAUUUUUAAGAAUCCUUUACACAAAAGUUUGUAAAUCAACUUUGAAAAGAACAGACAAAUUGACCAUGUGACUCUGAAAAGCCACCUCUGAUUGGCUUAGAGCCUCUUUGGGGUGUGAACAAACCAAAUGGGUUAAAAAGGCCAGCUUGAACAACCCCCAGUGAAGUUGGAGUUCUGAGUUCUCUCCUUCGGCUUCUCCAUGCUCCACUUCAUCGGCACACUUACCCUCAAGCCUUGUAGCCUCCGUGCAAUGUAGAAGUCUAGGAAGGCUCGGAGUAAAGCUCAGAGGAAGCCCUUCCCAGUGCUAUGACACACACGUGAUGAUCCUCCCUGCAGAAGGCCUCGCUUCAAAGCUCUCAUCCAUCGACGCAACAGACAACUAUACACUAUCUUAACAGAUAUCCAAAACAUCGACGGAACCACCCGAACUUUCUACAAAGAGCCAAAGAACCAAGCAACGCAAGGAAAUGCAACGACACGCAAGUACAUCUCCAGACUUUUGCUGAAAGCGCUGGCGUCUUAUUUAAAUGCUUUGGUAAUCUGAUUGCACAUAGAUUUAGACUCAAGAAAUAUCGAUGGCUCUUAAGGCAUAGUCUACGGACUCCAUAAAGUUUGUUUUCUCGGUAUAGAUAAUUUCCAUCCAAGUCACUUUCACUUUAUUCACCAACCUGUUUCAUGUUU